AUGACCACCCAAUGUAAUACCCUUAAGCCCGUCAGAGCCAAGAAAAAUUUCACAAUGUUAGAAAGGGAAAUGGUACCGGAGUAUGAUUUUAGUUUAAAAGACAGGAAGUGGUCACCUUGGCAGUUGAUUUUAACCAGCAAUAUCAAUUACUCCAAAAAGACAGAUUGGUACCAAUAUAAAUCCUUUUACGUUAAAAAGAACAUAGAAAUGCUAGAGGAUAAUAAUCCUUCAUUAUUUGAACUGGCGAUACAAAUACAACCAGGAUCAAAACGACACGUUGUAUAUAAUCACAUAUCAAGAUGCAUUACCGGGAAAACGUGGGAACGCCGGCUAUUCGCACAGAGGAACAUUAGAAAACAAGUUGACAAAGUCGCGCAACGAGGAUUUUCAUUUUAUUUACGUCGACUUCCACUUACGGAUGCCAAAAUGGAGAGAAAUAUUGUGAACAUUUUAAAGAAAUAUGACUAUGCUUGGAAGAAAAUUCGAAAUAGAAGAUCUUGUCACCGCCGAGUGGAAAUUGGUCAUCAUCUGAUAUCUGAUAAUAGUUUAUAA